UUCUUCAAACCAGUCUUUCUUCUCCAACGUUCAUUGACCAGCCAACACCAUAUUACCACCUUUGAAACAUUCGCUACGCCUUGCCACUGGAAAGCAGGCGCAUUCUUACUCGCCGACCACGGUCUCUUCUUGUUAUCCUUUUCUGUUUGAAUAGCACUCGUGUGCUCUGAUCAACACGACUCGCGACAUCUUCGACACUCGAUCUCACCAGCAUAAUUCCGAACUUCACCAUGAAGAGCUUCUUCGCAACUGCAGUCACUGCGGCCGCUUUGGUCAGCAGCGCUGCUGCCGCCACCGUCCCUUCGAUCGUCAUCAAGGGAAGCAAGUUCUUCUACGAGAACAAUGGCACGCAAUUCUACAUGCGAGGUGUUGCCUACCAGGCGGAAUACUCGGGACAGGAGAGCGACAAAGGUGCCACAUACCACGACAACCUGGCGGACACCACCGCAUGCAUGCGUGAUAUCGAAUACCUGAAGCAGCUCCGCACAAACACCAUUCGUGUGUACCAGAUCAACCCUGCGCUCAGCCACGACACUUGCAUGAACGCCCUGGCCGACGCAGGUAUCUAUGUCGUUGCCGAUCUCUCAGCUCCUCCAGAUGGUGAUUCGAUCAACCGCGACACCCCGACGUGGAGCGAUGUCACCUACGACCGCUACAUCAGCGUCGUCGAUGUCAUGGCCAAAUACCCAAACACCCUGGGCUUCUUUGCAGGCAACGAAGUCUCCAACAAACCUAACAACACCAAUGCUAGCGCCUUUGUCAAGGCUGCUGUCCGUGACACCAAGGCAUACAUCAAGGCCAAGGGAUACCGUACCAUGGGCGUUGGCUAUGCUACCAACGACGACGAAAUGAUCCGUGUGGCCAUGGCAGACUACUUCAACUGUGGCGACCAAUCCGCCGCCAUUGACUUCUGGGGCUACAACGUCUACUCUUGGUGUGGUGACUCGACUUAUGAGAAGUCCGGCUACAAAGACCGCACGGAAGAAUUCUCGACAUACUCGGUGCCCGUCUUUUUCGCUGAAUACGGGUGCAACGAGGUUCAGCCUCGCAAGUUUACCGAAGUCGCAACCCUUUACGGACCGGAGAUGAACGGAGUCUGGUCCGGAGGUAUCGUCUACAUGUACGACCAGGAGGCCAACAACUACGGUCUUGUCGACAUCAAAGACGGCUCGGUCAGCCCGCGCGCCGACUUCACUUACCUCUCUUCUCAAAUCGCCACCAUCAACCCCACUGGUGUGAACUCUGCCCAAUACACCCCGACCAACAAACCCGAGGCUUGCCCAACCAACGACGCCAACUGGAGCCCCAAGUCCAGCCCGCUCCCGCCGUCUCCCAACCCGGACCUCUGCCAAUGCAUGUACAACAGCUUGUCCUGUGUCCCCGCCAACUCCGUCUCCCCCAAAUCCUACGGUGACCUCUUCGGCACCGUCUGCGGUCUCGGCGCGAGCAAGGGCGUCUGCAACGGCAUCGCCGCCAAUGCCUCCUCCGGAACAUACGGCGCCUACGGCAUGUGCAACGCCACCGAGCAGCUCGGUUUCGUCCUCAACGCCUACUACAGCGCCAACGGCAAAUCCGCCUCAGCAUGCUCUUUCGGCGGCUCUGCUACUCUCAAGUCCGCCACCACCGCCACCGGCUCCUGCUCGUCGCUCAUGUCCCAAGCUGGCACUGGCGGCACUGGCAAGGUCACUGCAUCUCCCACCGUCGGUGGCGGAAGCGGCAGCGGAGGCGGCACUGGCAACGCCGCUUCCAUCAACAGUGUCCACAGCGUCGUCACCAGCGUCAUCCCCAUGGCGGUCCUCGUCACCAUCGGUCUCGUCUCAGGAUCGGGCAUGCUUUUGCUGUAAGCCAGGGAAUAUCAGAGAGAAAGAGACUAGUUUGUAUGCUAGCCAUUUCUAAACGAUAGUUUUUCUGUCUUUUCUGUUUCAUGUCACGAGGAGAGCAAAAGAAAACCCGGCGUGACUUCUUUUAUUUUUUAACCAGGGGAAAUUGCAUCGCACUUUGGUUCUUUCUCUUCUUCGCACUGCUUCGCUUCAUCGCUCUUCUUCAAUUCCGCGAUAAAUCCAUCCGCCUUACUUAGUAACUACACUUCAUGACAUUCCGCCCUCGCUCGAUCGUGAUGA